UGCGGAAGCUGAGAGACUGAGCGGCCCGACACGAGCGGAACGAUGAGAGUUAUCAUCCAGAGGGUCACCAAGGCGACCGUGACAGGUAAGGACCUGCGCGAGGCGGGAUGCCUUCACCCCUUUCGUAGUGUCGCUAAACCGAGGCUAACAGCGUUCGUUUAUUGACGUCGCUGAGCGCGCGCGUUAGCUCACCUAGCUGGGUUAGCAUUAGCACUAGCAGCUACGUUAAACGCAUGGCUCCAGAGACAGGCAGACCGUGGGGGUUGCCUAUCCGGAGGCUUGGCCGGGUGUCCAAGCUCAAAGGAAACCAGCAAAGGGUAUAGGAUGAAAUCCCCUGUCUGUCUCCUGUAUGUCUCCUGCCUGUCUCCUGUAUGUCCCCUGUCUGUCUCCUGUAUGCCCCCUGUCUGUCUCCUGUAUGCCCCCUGUCUGUCUCCUGUAUGCCCCCUGUCUGUCUCCUGUAUGCCCCCUGUCUGUACCGGCUACUUGUCCCUGAAUGAAGACAGUAGCUGCUCAUGUCCUCGACCCUUUUCCUGUGUCCCUGCAGUGGGAGAAGAAGAGAUCAGUUCCAUAGGACGAGGACUGUGCGUGCUGCUGGGAGUGUCGGUGGAGGACACCCAGAAGGAUGCAGACUACAUAGUGCGGAAGAUCCUCAACCUGCGGCUGUUUGAGGACGAGAGCGGCCGAGCGUGGACCAAAAGUGUCAUGGACCGUGACUUUGAGGUGCUGUGCAUCAGCCAGUUCACGCUGCAGUGUGUUCUGAAGGGUAACAAGCCAGACUUUCACUCAGCCAUGCCCGCCGAGCUGGCCCAGCCCUUCUACAGCAGCAUCCUGGAGAACAUGAGGACCAGCUACAAGCCGGAGCUCAUUAAAGACGGGAAGUUCGGGGCCUACAUGCAGGUCCAAAUUCAAAAUGACGGCCCUGUUACUGUCGAACUGACGUCACCCACGGGCCCCUCAGACCCCAGACAGCUGUCAAAGCAGGAGAAGCAGCACCAGAGGAAAGAGAAGACGCGCUCCAAGGGCCCCUCAGAGUCGAGCAGGGAAAAAGGCGCCGUGCGGUCCCGACAGGACCCCAAUGCCAGCAGUGGGGCCGACGGUGAUGUGUCAUCAGAAAGGGAGACCUAGAUCUCAAACCGGGGACGUAGCCGUGAGCCCAGUUCCCUCAGGAAGGCCUCAAUCCUCAGUGACUGACACCUGAUGGUGGACCGUCCUCCUUCCUCUGGCCUGGAGCAGAGCAUCGUCCCCCACGCCAGUGUCCAUUGAUUCUCUCCUCCACAAUUAGAUAGGACUGGCUAGGUAUAAAGUAAAGAGGCAAAGUCUCACCUCAAGACUGCCCAGUCUUCUUCGAUUGAUGAAGGGAGACUGAACAGGGGUGCAGAGGGGGGGACGGGGACAGACAUCACAGCACUAGACUGUGUGGCUCAGUAUCUUUCUCCUCCGGCCCAUCUUUCCAGGUGUCUACCUCUAUCCUGCUCUGUCUCUCUCCGUCUUUCUUUUUCAGAUUCUCCCUGCCUGUCUCACUCUCUCUCAUGGGACUGUCCUUGAAGCAUAACUCAGAUCCAAGUCGUUGGCUUACAGUGAACAUGAGGACAGUGAUAUCAGUAUAUCAAAACGUCAGUGACACCUUGCUUUGUGUGUAACGUCUGUCAUUAAAUAUUGUACCUGUAUGAAAAGGCUAUGUUUUGAGGCCCAACUGCUCCAGAACACAGGUGCUCUGUAAAAGAAAUGUAUGUUUUAUAGCUAGACAGCAUCGCAACAAAACACAAGGCCUCGGACUCUGACCGACCACCCGACAUCAGCUCUCUAGCUCAUGCUUUCUAGAAUAUUGGCAAUAUAUUAAGAAUGAUCUUUAGAGUGCAGGAAGUCGCUGUGAUUUCAGUUGGACCUCAAAAUAAAAGACUGAUCUGAAUGUCUCUUAUAUAUAUAUAUGAUAAAAGCCUCACUUUUACAGUGCUUGUGCACAAGGGAACAUUACUGAUGAUGUGUUCUGGGCCCAACUGUCCCAAAAUUCUACAACCUAAACCACACCAAGAUACACCCCACACAAGCCGGGAAACCCCCACUUGUCGAUUGUCAACCACUCAAAACAAGGUUAAUUUCCUGGAAGUGCUCACCACCUUGGCACAAAGGAUAGACAAACAUCAUGUCCUGUGUUUUUUGAUUCCGUUUGUGUAUCUGGAGAGCCUACCAACCCACAAGCUGGUAAAGCCGAUGACCCAGUUAGUUUGUGGUGGGCUGCCUGCAUCAGAAAUCAUGUAAUUCAACAAGCCAAUCGGAUUCAGCUCCCCUUCCUGUGGCACAUGCAGGCUUAUUAGAAUAUACCGUCCACAGCUUGGCUGUGGUGGAAUAGUCUUUUUUUGCUUAGGAAGGUUCCUCACUGAGUGAAAUGAUCUGAAGUGUCCGUCAUGAUAACAGCUGUUAGAAUUCUCUAAAUGCUAAGGAAAGGUGCUUCAAUGCUUCCUUUAUCAGCUUCCUUUAUUAGCAUAGGAUACACUAGACCUUCCUUUACAAAAGGAAAGUAGUUAAUUCGGCCCCACAAUUCCUUGCGGCGGCAACAUUUAAAGUGACGCACCAUUCGGCCGUCCAUGAAAACAAACGAUAUGUUUAUCUUACACAUGUUUAAUAAUUAUACUUAUAGUCAUAAAGCAAUGGGAUUCGUGUUGAUGAAUAUGAACAGACAGGGACAAUCCUUAUGUUUCAUUUCUAUGUAUUUAUUUACUUCAAACAUGUAACAAAUAAGUUCAAAAAAUAGAAUAUAAAAUGUACAGUAACUAUAGCAAACUGUCAAUGAACAAAUUCUCAUUCUCAAUAACAAGAAGCAUCCUUAAAAGAUAUAUAUAAUUGAUAGAUUAUUAAAUCUACAUCAUUGCACCGAGGAUAUAUUGAUAUUGAACAGUUUCAUUGAAGUUGAAUGAGUGAAUUGUUUCUACUGAAGCGUGUUGAUUGUUGUGUGACAGCAGCUGGAAGGAAGGAGCUCAGGUUUCUCUCCUUGACACCACGAGUGAAGCAGCCUCUCACUGAAGAAGCUCUUCAUAAGCUCUUCAUUUUGACUGCAGUCCAUUUAUCGUCUAGGAUGGAGUAACUUUGGCUCAGUGACGACGAGUCAGUUUGUCUCAAUGACGUGUACUCUGUGAUGAGGGGCCAGCGGUGCUUCAGCAUCACUGAACACUGGCAGCAUAAAUACAAAGACUAUUUAUUCAUGUUUUUGGUUAUUACACUGUCCUGCCGUCACUGGGCGGAUCUGAAUGCACAUUUUAUUUCCACUUUACAAAGAUGUCAUUAGUGAUCCAUGCUGUGCUUUGCUUUAUUCCACUCUGCUUUGUGUGAUGCAAGAGCAGAGAUGCUUGUCCUUGUUUCUCCUUUCAGCACCACCACCUGGCCCGUCUAUUCUGUCCCAACUUUUUAUUGUUAUUUUAGUUCAGUGAGCUAUUCCUGGCCGACCAUGCCGUAUCCCUGCACACCCUUUUUCUCUGUCCCUCCAGUGGUGCUGAGCUGAGGUCUCUCCGUGUUGUGGCGGAGAGGAGCUGCUGCAUGGUGGACAUGACCCAAAUAUGUCUGCUCUCUGCUAGCCUUAGUGCUGCUUCAAAGUUGGCUAGAACUGCAGCUUGUGCUCUGCAAUGACUGCAUUGUGAUCCCAAUGCCAGACAGGCUUAACAGCACAGAGGAGGAAGUAGACUGUGAGGGCCUCGGAUUAUCGAUGUACUGUACCACAUCUGAGGUAGCGGCUGUAACGGGGUGAGAACAGGGGCGUGUGAGCAGAGCAGAUGUUCAAGGUUUGUCUCUGCAGUCACCUGUGUUUGUGUGCUGGGUGGACGCCCUGAGCCGCGGGGCGGGGCAGUCAGACAUGGGAAAGUGGGUUAAAUUCCAGGCAUUCUCUUCCAUCUGAAGCCACACUGUUUCUGGUUUGUCUUCUCUCCAACUUAUCUUACAUCUUGUGCGUGUGUGAGAGUCCUUUGCCAAGCCCACUGGCUAUGGAAAAACAAUUUAACUGGAUUUAAUUUGUUGCCCCCCCCCCUUCCUCUUCCCUCCUUCCUCCUACUUUGUGUGCCUCUGAGAGGUUGGGAAUUCAUCUCGCUUGGUAACUCCAUGCCCAGUCUGAGCUCCCUUUGCAACUCGGACAGGCCAGGUUUCAUGGCAGCUUUAAGAUCACCAAUCACGGGGAGGGGUUGCCAUGAGGGAUGCUCAUAGUGUGUUUAUCUUAAUUGGAAACUAACUGUAUUUGGACACAUACAUGUGGAUUAUUUAUCUUAAAACAUGUUGGGUAACUCUUGCUUUCCCUUCCUCUUUCUUGUCAUUUAUUCUAUCGGUCUAAGCUCCAUGCUCCGAAGGGUUAAAACACAAAGAAACCAUGUUGCCUAGAGCCCUGACCACUUUUUCCAUUCUUGCUGGAACGUUUCCAGUGCUAUUUAUAUGAAACCUCAGGCCCGACAAUCAACAAACCCAUUUGGCCUGAAUAAAGUUUGAUCCACCGUCCUAAAGUUCUCUUUCACUAUCACACAUGGCAGACGCACCGUGAAAUCCCAACAUGUACAAGGAGCCACAAGAGAAAUCAAUCCAUAUGACCUAACUAGCAUUGUGUAGAUACUACAGACAUUUGGGCUAAAAUAAGAGGAAGACUCUCUCAGGACAGAUUAGCUGAAGAGAAACAGAAGCAGUGGUUACUGACUUUUGGCUGGAAUACUUAUAUAUUUUAGAAUGAUAACAUUAUUAUUGCUGGUGUUGUUAUAAGACAGCCGAUACAGCUACAUGAACAAACCUUUACGUCAUCUCCUUCAUCAAUUAGACAGUCCCAGAGGAGGCCAGAAGUUUGGUUUUGUACCUGAACUUACCUGAUUGUGAAUGUUGUUUAUAGGCUCAAUGAAAAACUGCCAAACAUGUACAAGUAUAAAUAACUAUAUGCAGUAAAUUGUACCUGCAUUUAAAAUAAACUGACAUUGCUUCA